GCGGGGACGGAGGAGAGUGUGUGAGUGUCUAGUAGGUUAUUAUGUGAGAAGAGAAUGGGAGAGUUGGGAGAGUUGGAGCUGGAGCUUCUCCAGGGUACCCAGGAGAAACAUAUCUCUCCGUUAAAGAACUUUGUGGCGGGAGGAGCCGGAGGAGCGUGUCUUCUGUUCGCUGGACACCCGCUCGACACAAUCAAGGUACGACUACAGACUCAGCCAAGAGUGCCCAUCCAGGACGUCCUCUACAAAGGAGCUUAUGACUGCUUCCUCAAGACUGUCUCCAAAGAGGGACUUCUGGGGCUGUACAAGGGGAUGGGGGCCCCUCUGGCCAGCGUAGCUCCUAUGAUGGCCAUUAGUUUCUUUGGGUUUGGACUGGGAAAACAGCUGUUGCAACCAGACCCCACUAAGACACUCAUGCCUACCCAGCUGUUUCUCUCAGGCUGUCUAGCAGGUGUUUUCACUACAGUGAUUGUGUGUCCUGGAGAACGGAUAAAGUGUUUACUACAGGUAAAACAUGCGUCGGGGGCAGUGCGGUAUGCAGGUCCUCUGGACUGUGCUCUCAAGCUGUAUAAAGCACAAGGCAUCCGCUCCAUCUACAAAGGAACAACACUCACACUCAUCAGAGAUGUGCCUUCUAAUGGUGCCUACUUCAUGGCUUAUGACAUCCUGAAACACAAAAUGACAGCUGAGGGUGAAAGUGUGUCCCAGCUCAGCACUCCAAAGAUCCUCCUCUGCGGUGGCAUAGCAGGCAUCUGUAACUGGGUCGUGGGACUUCCCCCUGACGUACUCAAGUCCAACUUCCAGACAGCUCCAGACGGGCGGUACAGGGGAACAGGUCUGGUAGAUGUACUGAGGGAGCUGCUUCGUGACGAGGGGCCCAGAGCGCUCUAUAAAGGAUUCAACGCUGUGUUCCUCAGAGCUUUCCCUGCCAACGCGGCCUGUUUUCUAGGGUAUGAAUUGGCGUUAAAGUGUCUAAAUUGGCUGGCUCCCACCUGGUGAAGUCUCCUGCUACGACCUGUCAUUAAGAGGUUAUAACCUGUCAUGACCUGUCGUUGGUGGGGUCAUAAGAUGACGUUGGACAGACGUUGUACACUUCAGGGAGAAAGGAAGGAAAAUCAGAGGCCAGUGGAUGUUUCUUCUGAGACUGGACUCUUCAGCUGACCUCAAAGUUUCAUGUUAUGCUUCCCAAAUGGGACCCUAUUCCCUAUAUAGUGCACUACUCUUGCCUAGGGCAAUAUAUAGGGAAAGUAUUCAUCCC